AUGUAUCAAAAUCUCAACGGCAAACCCCCACCAUCCCUUUCUUGAUGCAAUGAAAUUUGGCAGCCAUUCUUCUUAAUUAUUAAUUAUUUCUGGGGAAUGCCCCUAUGGGUGUAGGAUGAUGAUGGUGCAUAUUGGUGGGAAAAUCUGUGUCAGUGUGGAAAUUCCAGUGUGUAGAUGACAGUGUUCAAUGAUGAAUCUAUGGGUUUGGUGGCGCUAAUUAAUUGCACUAGUAGCCAAAAUGGGAGUAGAUAAGAAAAGCGUUUUUCUGCAGAUCCAGGUGUAAUCUUUUCUUGUUUUCCCUUCUUCUUGCCCACUGUAUCUUCCUUUAUAUUGCCUUUUCAAUCUGUUGGAUCGCCCAUCUCCAUGCAUUCUUUAUUCUUUUCUUUCCCUUUUUUGGUGAGGUAAUGCUACUGUGUUUCAAGACAACAGAUUUUCUGUGGGGGAGAGAUGGGGAGAGAAAAAAGUGUAUCAUCAAUCCAACAAGCCAGAGAUUAUUAUCACACUCUUAGAAAUAAAACAGAUUCACCUUUGUUUGCAUGGCCUUGGGAAAACCUUGGUAAUUUUAAGUAUUUACUAUAUGGACCAUUUCUAGCAAAAUUCAUGUACUCUUGGGUUUACAAAGAGAGUUGGGAGAAUAUUUGGUGCUUACAUAUUCUUGCCUUGUGUGCCCUGAGAGGCCUUGUUCAUCAACUAUGGAGUUCAUACAUCAAUAUGCUUUUCUUUAACCACGCAAAGUGGGUGUCUCAGGAUGGCAUAGAUUUUCGGCAAAUUGACAAGGAAUGGCAUUGGGACAAUUUCCUAAUACUCCAAGCUUUUGUGGCUUCAUUUGUCUGUUUGAGCUUCUCUUCUCUUCCCACUAUUCCCUUCUGGGACUGGAGAGGAGCUGCUUGCUGUCUCGUGUUGCAUAUAGGGAUUUCCGAGCCAUUAUAUUAUUUGUUGCACAGAUUCUUGCAUAACCCCCGUGUUUAUCCACUUUAUCAUUGGCUGCACCAUGAUUCAAAAGUUCCACAUCCCUAUACAGCGGGGAGUGCAACAUUCUUGGAGAACAUCUUACUAUGCAUAGUUGUAGGAAUUCCUCCAAUUGGAACCUUGUUUCUUGGUUAUGGAUCAAUAAGUGUUAUGUACGGUUAUGUUUUGGCAUUUGAUUUCCUUAGAUGUUUGGGGCAUAGCAAUGUUGAAAUCAUGCCUUGCAGACUCUUCGACGCUAUUCCGUUUAUCAGAUACCUUAUUUAUAGCCCAACAUACUACAGCCUACAUCAUACGGAUACAGAAACUAAUUUUUGCCUAUUUAUGCCUCUCUAUGAUAUGCUGGGAAAGACAAUAAAUACCCGUUCUUGGGACCUUCAAAGAGAGAUAAGUACAAGGACAAGUCAAAGUGCACCCGAUUUUGUGUUCCUUGCACAUAUCGUUGAUAUUAUGUCGGCACUUCAUGCUCCAUUUGUUUUUAGAUCAUUCGGUUCAAUUCCUUUCACUACAAGGCUCUUCUUGUUACCGCUUUGGCCUGGAGUCAUUACGGCGAUGCUUAUCAUGUGGCUCAAUUGCAAGACUUUCUUGUCCAGUUUUUACAACCUCAGAGGGAGAGUGCACCAGACAUGGGUAAUACCAAGAUUUGGUUUUCAGUAUUUCUUGCCAUUUGCUGCGGAAGCCAUAAAUAAAAAAAUUGAAGAAGCUAUUCUUAAUGCUGAUAGACGAGGCGUCAAGGUCAUUAGCCUUGCUGCAUUAAACAAGAACGAGGGCCUUAAUGGAGGUGGGACACUUUUCGUCAACAAGCAUCCUGAUCUCAGAGUCCGAGUUGUCCAUGGAAACACCUUAACAGCUGCUGUCAUCCUAAAUGGCAUUCCCCGAGAUGUAGACGAGGUCUUCCUGACAGGUGCCACUUCGAAGCUUGGAAGGGCCAUUGCGCUCUACUUGGCACGUCGGCAGGUCAGAGUGCUGAUGCUUACUCAAUCCUGUGAGAGAUUCACGAAAAUCCAAAGUGAAGCCCCAGCAGAGUACCAAAGAUUUCUUGUUCGAGUUACCAAGUAUCAAGCAGCUCAACACUGUAAGACAUGGAUAAUCGGAAAAUGGUCCUCACCUCGAGAGCAAAGUUGGGCGCCCUCGGGAGCACAUUUUCAUCAGUUUGUGGUUCCUCCUAUCAUCCCAUUCCGCAGAGACUGCACAUAUGGGAAGUUAGCAGCAAUGAAGCUUCCAAAGGAUGUCGAGGGCCUAGGAGCCUGUGAGUACACAAUGGAAAGAGGCAUAGUUCAUGCAUGCCACGCGGGCGGGGCGGUUCAUCUUCUUGAAGGGUGGACACACCAUGAGGUUGGAGCUCUGAAUGUAGAUCAGAUUGAUGUUGUGUGGAAGGCUGCAUUAAAGCAGGGUUUUAGGCCCUUGUACAUUACAUAGGUUGAUGAGCUGAAAGGUUUGAAGGUUAAUUGGGGAUUCAGAGAUAGCAUGCAGCAUUAUAUUCUCCAUCUUUUCUUUUGUCUUACAAAACAAAAGACAUCACAUGCAUACCUUAAUUUUUUUUAUAUUGUAAUAAGCUAAGGUUUCCCCUUAGCUUUAUUAAGGAGUUUCAAGGGCUGUGGAUUUCUUCUUUCAGGAAGGCUGGCAUUAUGAAUUUCA